AUGCGUGGACGCAGCGUUGACACUUUUUCCUCACUGUGGGUAGUUACGCGCUUCACGAUUGGCAGCGCCCAGAUCACCAGCGCCUGGGAAGAGGUGCCUAACCGUGACGCCAUUCGCCGUAAAUUCGAGUUCCGUGACUUCAACGAGGCCUGGGGCUUCAUGAACCGAACAGCGCUGCUAGCCGAGCAACUGGGCCACCACCCGGAGUGGUUUAACGUGUACAACGUGACGCUCAGCACCCACGACUGCGGCGGAGACAACGUAGGCGACUGGAAAUUCAUUGGCUCCGGAUGGAUCCAUGAGAAUGGCCUGCGCAUGGAAAGCGGAGAGCCCGAGGCAGAGCCCCUGGGCUCUGCGGAACCUGCGUCUGUGCGAGCUCUAGAGCCUGCGAUCUCUGACUUCAAGCGCAACUGGACCGACAUCACGAUCCUUGCUCUGGUGCGCGCGUGGCGCGCUGUGUACAGAAGUGGUCGAGCCAAGGACGAGAAGACGACGAUGUUUAACGAGCGCAUUUUCGUUGCUUACCAAGCUGCCGUCCCGUCGACUCAGCGUUCAAAGAAGGCAAUAGAAGAUAAACUCCAAGGACUGCGUGAGAUGUAUCGUUUCAUCAGUGAUGUAAGCGCAAACAGAGUGCAAGGCAGCACUGGGAAGGCUGAGUGGUUUGAUCUCUCCAAGCAAGAUAAGAAAGAGCUAAGCAAUCUCCGUGUCCAAAUCGACCCCCCGGAGCAAAAUGCGCCACCUACAUUUGAGCUGUCCAAACGCACAUUCUACACGGUAACGUGCGCGAGUAAGAUGCUCGUUGAGGUCUUUGCAAAGUUCAUCUUCUGUCUCCGCCAGCUUAAAUGUUGUCACUAA